UCUCCGGCUCUUGGCUGCAUCGACAGCUUGCAACACUCGGCAUCUUUUCUGGAGGCGCCUCCUUCAGCGGCUGCAGAUGGCAUCCGGCUGCGGGCUCAAGGCUCGCAAUUGAUUCUCGCCCUUGCCCACCUCGGGUGCACACACGCACCUCUCCCUUCUCCUCCUCCCCUCGCGCUCCUGGGUCUGCGCUCAGCUCGCGCUCGCCGGGCGGAGGAAGCAGUCGCGGCGGCCGGAGCUGAGCAGCAGCGCUCGCUCUCUCUGACCUAGGAAGAAGCGCCCACCGGGACAGCCGACCCUCGGCUGCCUCCAGCGCCCCCCACUUUUUGCACCCCAAGGCGGGGGCUCCGGGGACCCCCCUCUCCCAGGCGCUACCAUGCUGGAUCCUUCGUCCAGCGAAGAGGAGUCGGAUGAGAUCCUGGAAGAGGAGAGCGGCAAGGAGGUGCUGGGCUCGGCCGCGUCCGGAGCGCGCCUGUCUCCCAGCCGCACCAGUGAGGGCUCGGCGGGCAGCGCCGGGAUGGGGGGCAGUGGCGCCGGGGCCGGGGUGGGCGCCGGCGGCGGUGGGGGUAGCGGCGCGAGCAGCGGCGGCGGGGCCGGGGGGCUGCAGCCCAGCAGCCGCGCCGGCGGCGGCCGGCCCUCCAGCCCCAGCCCGUCGGUGGUGAGCGAGAAGGAGAAGGAAGAGUUGGAGCGACUGCAGAAGGAGGAGGAGGAGAGGAAGAAGAGGCUGCAGCUGUACGUGUUCGUGAUGCGCUGCAUCGCCUACCCCUUCAACGCCAAGCAGCCCACCGACAUGGCUCGGCGGCAGCAGAAGAUCAGCAAACAGCAGCUACAGACUGUUAAAGACCGGUUCCAGGCUUUCCUCAAUGGAGAGACCCAAAUCGUGGCUGAUGAAGCCUUUAUGAAUGCUGUCCAGAGCUACUAUGAGGUGUUUCUCAAGAGUGACCGUGUGGCCCGCAUGGUACAGAGUGGGGGCUGCUCAGCCAACGACUCUCGGGAGGUCUUCAAGAAACACAUUGAGAAGAGGGUACGCAGCCUGCCUGAGAUUGACGGCCUCAGCAAGGAGACUGUGCUAAGCUCUUGGAUGGCCAAAUUUGAUGCCAUCUACCGUGGUGAGGAGGACCCCAGGAAGCAGCAAGCCCGGAUGACAGCCAGUGCGGCUUCUGAGUUGAUUCUAAGCAAGGAACAGCUCUAUGAGAUGUUUCAGAACAUUCUUGGGAUCAAGAAGUUUGAACAUCAACUCCUGUAUAAUGCCUGUCAGCUGGAUAAUCCAGAUGAGCAGGCAGCCCAGAUCAGACGAGAGCUGGAUGGACGUCUCCAAAUGGCAGACCAAAUAGCCAGGGAACGCAAAUUUCCUAAGUUUGUAUCCAAAGAAAUGGAAAACAUGUACAUUGAGGAGCUGAAGUCCUCCGUCAACCUGCUCAUGGCCAACUUGGAGAGCAUGCCAGUGUCCAAGGGUGGAGAGUUCAAGCUGCAGAAACUUAAACGCAGUCACAAUGCUUCCAUCAUUGACAUGGGUGAGGAGAGUGAGAACCAGCUGUCCAAGUCGGAUGUCCUGCUGAACUUCUCCUUGGAGGUGGUGAUCAUGGAAGUCCAAGGCCUUAAGUCCUUGGCUCCAAAUCGAAUUGUGUACUGCACAAUGGAGGUGGAGGGUGGAGAGAAACUUCAGACUGAUCAAGCAGAGGCUUCUAAACCAACCUGGGGCACUCAAGGCGACUUCUCUACAACCCAUGCCCUGCCAGCUGUUAAAGUAAAGCUAUUCACAGAGAGCACUGGUGUCCUGGCCUUGGAAGACAAGGAACUCGGGAGGGUUAUCCUCCAUCCCACCCCAAAUAGCCCCAAACAAUCUGAGUGGCACAAAAUGACAGUCUCCAAAAACUGCCCCGAUCAAGACCUCAAAAUCAAACUUGCAGUCCGAAUGGAUAAGCCUCAAAACAUGAAGCACUCUGGGUACUUAUGGACCAUUGGUAAGAAUGUGUGGAAGAGGUGGAAGAAGAGGUUCUUUGUGUUGGUACAGGUCAGCCAAUACACUUUUGCCAUGUGCAGCUAUCGAGAAAAGAAAGCAGAACCUCAGGAACUCCUACAGCUGGACGGCUAUACUGUGGAUUACACUGACCCUCAGCCAGGUUUGGAGGGUGGCCGAGCCUUCUUCAAUGCAGUCAAAGAAGGAGACACGGUGAUAUUUGCAAGUGAUGAUGAACAAGAUCGAAUCUUGUGGGUCCAAGCUAUGUACAGGGCCACUGGGCAGUCGCACAAACCUGUGCCCCCUACACAGGUGCAGAAGCUCAACGCCAAGGGCGGAAACGUGCCUCAGCUGGAUGCCCCCAUCUCACAGUUUUCUGGACUGAAGGACGCAGAUAGAGCUCAGAAGCAUGGCAUGGAUGAAUUUAUCUCUUCCAACCCCUGUAACUUUGACCACGCUUCCCUCUUUGAGAUGGUACAGCGGCUGACUUUGGAUCACAGACUAAAUGACUCCUAUUCUUGCCUGGGGUGGUUCAGUCCUGGCCAGGUGUUUGUGUUAGAUGAGUAUUGUGCCCGAAAUGGAGUCCGAGGAUGUCAUCGGCAUCUCUGCUACCUUAGAGACUUGCUGGAACGAGCAGAAAAUGGCGCCAUGAUUGACCCCACACUUCUUCACUACAGCUUUGCCUUCUGCGCAUCCCAUGUCCAUGGUAACAGUCAACAAAUGCAUGCAUAUCUUAGUGGGCUGCUAUCAAACACAGACUUUCAAGGGGGCAAAUCUCCACCUUCUCCUGAACCAGAGGCUAAAAAAGAUCCACGAAGAGAAUCAAAAAAAAGAAAAGAGUCCAAACCCCACCCAAGUCAAGAGCAGAAAAGGCCUGAUGGAAUCGGAACUGUGACUGUUGAAGAAAAGGAACGCUUUGAAGAAAUCAAAGAGAGACUCCGAGUUCUGCUGGAAAAUCAAAUUACACAUUUCAGGUACUGCUUCCCCUUUGGACGACCUGAAGGUGCUUUGAAAGCUACUCUCUCACUCUUGGAACGGGUUUUGAUGAAAGAUAUUGUCACUCCAGUACCACAAGAAGAGGUCAAAACUGUCAUCCGUAAAUGCCUAGAGCAGGCUGCUCUAGUCAACUACUCACGCCUAUCUGAGUAUGCCAAAAUUGAAGGGAAAAAGAGAGAAAUGUAUGAGCAUCCUGUCUUCUGCUUGGCCUCCCAAGUGAUGGAUUUAACCAUUCAGAAUCAAAAGGAUGCAGAAAAUGUAGGCCGCUUAAUCACUCCCGCCAAAAAGCUCGAAGACACAAUCCGUCUCGCUGAACUAGUCAUUGAAGUACUGCAACAAAACGAGGAGCAUCAUGCUGAGCCACAUGUUGAUAAAGGAGAAGCCUUUGCGUGGUGGUCAGACUUAAUGGUGGAGCAUGCGGAGACGUUCCUGUCACUCUUUGCAGUGGACAUGGAUGCAGCAUUAGAGGUGCAACCCCCAGACACGUGGGACAGUUUCCCACUCUUCCAGCUGCUGAAUGACUUUCUCCGGACAGACUAUAAUCUGUGCAACGGAAAGUUUCACAAACACCUGCAAGACCUGUUCGCCCCACUUGUUGUUAGAUAUGUGGAUCUGAUGGAGUCCUCCAUUGCACAAUCUAUCCACAGGGGCUUUGAGCGGGAGUCAUGGGAACCAGUCAAGAGUUUAACCAGUAACCUACCCAAUGUGAACCUACCCAAUGUGAACCUACCCAAAGUACCAAAUCUACCAGUUAACAUUCCUCUAGGCAUCCCACAAAUGCCUACUUUUUCGGCACCGUCAUGGAUGGCUGCUAUAUAUGAUGCUGAUAAUGGAUCAGGUACAUCAGAAGAUUUGUUCUGGAAACUUGAUGCCCUUCAGACUUUCAUCCGUGACCUACAUUGGCCUGAGGAAGAGUUUGGAAAACACUUAGAGCAGCGGCUAAAACUGAUGGCAAGUGACAUGAUUGAGUCCUGCGUCAAAAGAACCAGGAUUGCAUUUGAAGUUAAGCUGCAAAAAACCAGUCGAUCAACAGAUUUUCGAGUCCCACAGUCAAUAUGCACCAUGUUUAAUGUUAUGGUUGAUGCCAAAGCUCAAUCAACAAAACUUUGCAGCAUGGAAAUGGGCCAAGAGCAUCAAUACCAUUCAAAAAUAGAUGAACUAAUUGAAGAAACCGUUAAAGAAAUGAUCACACUCUUGGUGGCAAAGUUUGUAACUAUCUUGGAAGGCGUACUGGCAAAGUUAUCCCGAUAUGAUGAGGGGACUUUGUUUUCUUCGUUUCUGUCAUUCACGGUGAAGGCAGCUUCCAAGUAUGUGGACGUGCCUAAACCCGGGAUGGAUGUGGCCGACGCCUACGUGACUUUCGUCCGCCAUUCUCAGGAUGUCCUCCGUGAUAAGGUCAAUGAGGAGAUGUAUAUAGAAAGGUUAUUUGAUCAAUGGUACAACAGCUCCAUGAACGUCAUCUGCACCUGGCUGACCGACCGAAUGGACCUGCAGCUUCACAUUUAUCAACUGAAGACACUAAUUAGGAUGGUAAAGAAAACUUAUAGAGAUUUCCGAUUGCAAGGGGUCCUGGAUUCCACCUUAAACAGCAAGACCUAUGAGACCAUCCGAAACCGUCUCACUGUGGAGGAAGCUACAGCAUCAGUGAGUGAGGGUGGGGGCUUACAAGGUAUCAGCAUGAAAGACAGCGAUGAGGAAGAUGAAGAAGAUGAUUAGACCAUUCUAUGGUUCCAAGAGUCCGCUGGGAUGGAGUCCUGUAAUCAAUGCAUGUCUUUAGUCUGUUAGUUAACCCCAUUAGGGAAUUUUCUGUCAACCACCAUCCCCAUGAGAUGUUUACCAAUACAAUUACCAUUUUAGCUGCGUGGUACCAAGAUUAGCAAAUGGUUUCCUGAUUUCUGUGUCUAUAUGUUUACAAGCAAUAUGGAACACCAUUCUUAAACACUGUUCAUGGAAAGAAUACAUAGUCCAGCUGCUAGGUGUGUCCCUUUUGUUAGCAGAACAAAAAUGAUGCUUCAUCUUGUACUACAUAUACACUGGUGGGAAGUGGACAUGGGAGCAAGUGUGUUUCCAUGUCUCUGUUUCAUGUAAGUGGGUACCAGGUAUUUAAAUUAGUACAUAAAUAAAUUAAUUUAAGUGCAUAGAUCUGCUUGGUUUUGGUUUCUGUUUUGUUCGUGUUUUAUGGGAAGGGAAAAAGGCGUGGUCCCAACAACCAAAUUUAGCUUUUCUUAUCCCCUAAAACUGAAAGCAAUGGACCCCCUGUGUCCAGGCAAACCCAGCUUUGCAUUUAUCCAUGUAGUUUAGUUCCCCCACCAAAAAGUUACAUAUCAAUGGAUUAAUUAUUUUCAUUGUCAUGGCAAGGGGACCAUGUGAUCAGGACAUAGCAUCAAGCAAGGUUCAGACCAACUGUCUUCUGUGAAAGUUUAUCCUAGGAAAUGUCACAUUUUGCUUUUCUGUUUCAAUAACUGUAUAUGUAAAAAAAAAAAAAAAACUUACUGAAAUGACAACCCUAGACUAUAAAUGUAUUUAUAAUAAGAUAUGGAUAUUUCCUCCAGUAGACUGUAACCAUAAUUUCAAUUAUUUUGUUCCACACUGUUUUUUAUAUCUGUCAUGUACAUUGCACUUUGAUCUGUAACUGAGCGACCCUGGGGUCUGCUGUAGAGCUGUUUCUUUCUGUGGAAAGUAGUGGAUCCAUCUUGCUUUUUGCCUUAUAUAAAAGCCUACAGUUGUAAAAGUGUGGGAAACUGUGGCUUCUCAAUAAAUAAUUAUUCAAACGUC